CGCUAACCCGAUAUAUGCUUGGUGAUUGCGGUAAACCUCAGUGGUGGAAGAGCGAGGAAGCGUGAAAGGUGCCGGCUUAGCGGUAAACGCGCCCUCUGUGUCGCAGAACUGGAUGACUAGCCCCGCUAAAAGCUGCAGCACGGGUUGUUUUUUUUGCUCGUAUAUCCUGUAAAUUGGAUUGUUGCGGUGACGGAGCCGUUUAGAUGCAGAAAGGGAUGUAUGACAAAUUGUACCCCCGCAGAUAAGUCAUGCCGCGAGCCUAGAUAAGUGCCGCUCAUAUAUAAGCUUAAUUCCUAGUUUGAAAAAUUACAUUACUCGCGCAAGUACAUUCAUUUCCCACAUAUAGUACAUCCAUCUCACAAUGUCAAGCCUUAUCAGCCCCACACACACAUGCGAUAACCAAGAUGACCCCAGGGGCAUCCUACAAAGAACCAGUACGACACCCAUACCCAUUCCCACCACUCCCCGAAAGGAUAGCAUAGCGAUGUCGUCAGUCGAAUCCAUAAUGUUGUCCCGAUCCUCAUCUCCAAGCUCCAUAGCAGAGGAGGAUCAGCAUACCCAGGAUAUCGACACCCCUACUCCCAUCCGGUUACCAAAGAGAAGCAAGACCGUCGACGUAGGGCCCCUUUCCACUCCUCCCCGUGUCAACAAGCGCCUUGUCUCGUGGUCAGACCGCUAUGAUACCCACGACAUUACCAUGUUACACAACUUCACAAUAUACUUUCAUGCGGAAGACCAAGCGUCAGAUAUCAAACUAGGGAGACUAGUGGGCCAAGGUUCGUACUCCUACGUGUAUGACUUGAGCCACAUGAACAUUAAACAACUCACUUCUUCUUACGUGGUGAAGAUCCCCAAGUCUGCAAGGUCUGCUAACUAUAUCAUGCAGGAGACCCUUCUGGUGAUGAAGCUCAUGCGCUACUACAGACAACACGCCAUUGAAGAUGCUUUCUUUCCUCUCAUUCGCUCCCCUGGUUUGAUCUAUUUGACAAAAAAGCAUUUCACCAAGAUCCGAUACGGCGAGUCCCUCCCGUGCUUGGUGCUACAGAAAAUGAACUCCUUAAACCUCGAAGAGUUUAUCAUUGCCUCCAAAGCCGAGAUAAAGCGGGAACAGAGUGAAACAUCGCACGCUGUGGUUAUUGGGGCACAUACCUGGUGGAGGCUUUUUCGUAAUAUGAUCCAGGCUCUCUCGAUUAUGACAGCCUGCCAGGUGGUGCAUGGGGACGUGAAAUCAGAGAAUAUAUUGAUUGAUAGAGCGGAAUCUGGCGAUAUCAAAGGGUUUGUCUUGAGUGAUUUUUCCGCCUCUGCCAUAUCCAGCAAUGUUCCCGUAACGAUGCUGCCGGCUACCCCCACCAACGCUUCCAUGAUAAAUGCAACGUUGCAGUUCAUUGCGCCGGAGCUACUCACUAACCCAUACCACAACAAGCCCAGUCACUUCACCGACUUGUACAGCUGUGGGCUUGUUCUUUUACACGCAGCCAUCGGUAAGCCUCCCUACUAUCCGCUCCUCUUGAGCAAUGAGAUCACUUCGAGGGCAGCCACCCCCACCAGCCGCAUGGCAAGCCCGUUAACCCCCAACGAUCCGUACUUCUCUAACAGUCGGUAUUCACCGUCGCCGAUGCCGUCGUCGGCAUUCCAGGACAGCAUUAUAUACGACGACCACGAAAUGGACACCACCUCUGACGACGAGGACUGGCUGCCGCAGCAAAACUUCUACUUGGAGCGCAGCAGACAGCGGAAAUGCUCCGGGGGUACGCCUCUUGUGGAUUUAAUGUCGUACAUCUCCACCAACACGCCCCUUUCUACGUCUCCAAAGUCGAUGGAAAGCGAGGAACUCCCUUCCGGGAGUAAAUUGUUCAAUAUGCUUUCCGGCAAGGAUUGGCGGAUUUUAAACGACCCGCAAAACUCCACGAUCAAACGGGUUUUAGUGGCAAUUUUGGCCGAUAGGGUGAGUUUACAGGAAGUGGUUGAAACCGAAUGGGAGAUUGGUGAAAUUUGAUAUAAUCUAGAAAUUAGUUGAUACCCAUAUUAGAUAUUACCAGAUGAGUAGAAUGGGGAAGGGUAUACGUGUACUACGAGAUUAUAGUUGAGCCAAGAGAUCCGGAGGCCUUACGGAAACCAAGGGUACCUAAAUCAUGCUCUUGAAGAGCCUACUCCCAGGAGACGAGGGUCUGUAAUAUGCGAGGAAGCGGGUACUUUACCAUAUGUAAUAAAUCGUUGAAUCGCUGUAACUAAACAAGUUACCCCGAUGCAUCCUGCUCCCAAGUUUGAGAAAGAAACG